AUGCGGCUACUGGGGUCGGAGGGGCGCGCACAUAAAGGCGGGGCUUUCCCGACAAUCGCCUCCUCGGGUACAUGCACGAACCCGCCAAGAAGGCUUGAAUGGAGGCAGCUAUCGAAACUGCAAAAGAGGUCAUACAUAGACGCUGUUCUGUGUCUGACGAGAAAGAAGGCCAAGUCGGGCAUUACGGGCGCACUCAAUCGAUUUGAUGAUCACCAGGCCGUCCACAAUAGCCAGACACCGAACAUACACUGGGUUGGCCAUUUUAUCCUAUGGCACCGCUACUUUGUAGCCACCUACGAAAAGGCAUUGAGAGAGGAAUGCGGAUAUACGAGUGGCCAGCCAUAUUGGGACUGGUCAUUGGACGCUGAACCCCAAAACCUCACUUCCACCAAAGCCUUUCAUUCCGCAAUCUUCAAUCCACAUGAUGGCUUCGGUGGUAACGGCAACUUCGUAGCACCUACUCCUGAAAAAAAUCCACUGAACAUCACCGGCGGUACAGGCGGUGGCUGUGUCACGAAUGGACCCUUCGCUCCGCCUCGCUUCAUGCUCAACUUCCCAAAUCAUGACUGCUUGAGACGCGACUUCAUACCCCGAAUCAUGAAUUCGUUCGCAGAUCCGAAACUUGUGCAGAAAGUCCUUGCGCAAAAAGACUACACGAGCUUCGCGCGAGCCAUUGAAAACAUCCCAAGUUUCGACGAACCGAACAUCCAUGGCAGUGGCCAUUUCGGUGUCGGAGGCGUGCUAGGAACGAUUGGAAAUGCAGCGAAUAGUCCUGGUGAUCCGCUCUUCUUCCUUCAUCACGGGAAUCUUGACCGCAUCCUCUGGGCCUGGCAACAAAAGGAUCUCAAGACCCGCCUCAAUCAAGUCGGCGGCCCUAUCGCACCCUUUGACUAUGGUGGUAAGAACGUCACGCUGGACUUUGAAGUAAAUAUAGGGAACUUAGCGGGUAAUGCGACGCUCAAGAGUUUACUGGAUACACAGGGUGGAACACUGUGUUAUACGUAUUAG